GUGUGUCAUGGCGGUGGCAUGGUGAAGCCUACAGAAAGGGAAAAAUACUCGCCCCUUUCGUCCUUUCCCAUCGAUUCAGGGCAGAUUUUCAUUCAUAAAUAAGUCUGUCAAGCUCCGGCCUCACACCUUGGAUUUAGCAGCCCAGCGUUGCGGUGUCCCUCCGCCCGGCCAUGGCGGCUCACAAACCAGUGGAGUGGGUCCAGGCCGUGAUUACUAGAUUUGAUGAGCAGCUUCCCAUUAAAGUUGGACACCAGAACACCCAUACCAAAGUCAGCACAGAGCACAACAAGGAAUGUCUGAUCAACAUUUCCAAGUACAAGUUCUCCCUCGUCAUCAGUGGCCUCACCACCAUCCUCAAAAAUGUCAACAACAUGCGGAUAUUUGGAGAAGCUUCGGAGAAGAACCUCUACCUCUCCCAGCUCAUCAUCCUGGACACCCUGGAGAAGUGCCUGGCUGGGCAAUCCAAAGACUGCUUGCGUCUGGACGAGACCAUGCUAGUGAAACAGCUGCUGCCGGAGAUCUGCCAUUUCAUCCACACGUACCGCGAGGGCCACCAGCACGCCGCCGAGCUGCGGGCCUCCGCCUCAGCCGUCCUCUUCUCUCUGAGCUGCAACAACUUCAACGCCGUCUUCAGCCGCAUCUCCACCAGGCUACAGGAGCUCACGGUGUGCUCAGAGGACAACGUGGACGUUCACGACAUCGAGCUGAUGCAGUACAUCAACGUGGACUGCUCCAAGCUCAAGAGACUGCUACAAGAAACUGUGUUGAAGUUUAGAGCUCUCAAGAAGCCUGCCCAGCUAGCAGUCAUCAACAGUUUAGAGAAGGCGUUUUGGAACUGGGUGGAGAAUUACCCAGACGAGUUCACCAUGCUCUACCAGCGGCCCCAGGCAGACAUGGCAGAAGCUGCAGAGAAGCUGUUUGACCUGGUGGACAGCUUUGCAGAGAGUGCGAAGAGGAAGGCAGCUGUGUGGCACCUGCAGAUCAUCCUCCUCAUCCUCUGUCCAGAGAUCACACACACCAUCUCCAAAGACACCGUGGAAGAGAGCAAGGCCAAUAAGAAACUGUUUUUAGAGAGUAUGCGGAAAGCUCUAGCGGGCCAGGGAGGCAGCAAGCAGCUGAUGGAGAGCGCCGCCAUCGCCUGUGUCAAACUGUGUAAAGCCUCCACCUACAUCAACUGGGAGGACCACUCCACCAUCUUCCUCCUGGUGCAGUCCAUCGUCAUGGACCUCAAGGCUCUGCUCUUCAACCCAGCGAAACCCUUCUGGAGGGGGACGGGGACCCAGAACGCUGACGUGGAGCUCAUGAUGGACUGCUUCGUCUCUUGUUUCCGCAUCAAUCCUCACAACAACCAGCACUUUAAGGUCUGCUUGGCCUCCUCCUCUCCCUCCACCUUCCACUUUGUCCUGGUCAACUCAUUGCACAGAAUUAUCACUAAUUCCCACCUGGACUGGUGGCCUAAGAUCGAAGCGGUGUACUGCUACUCCGGAGAGCUCCGCUUCAUGUUCUCUGACACGCUCAACCGGGUGAUACAGGGCGCCGCCACCCACGCUCCUCUACGCAUGACACCCAGUCUGACGUUCAAAGGGAAGAUAAGCACCAGCCUUAAGUACAAAGAGAAAGCCACAGAACUGGACACUCGAAGCUACAAGUGCCUCCUCCUCGCUCUGGUCAAACUCAUCCACGCCGACCCCAGACUCAUGCUGCAUAACCCGGUGAAGCAGGCUCCAGAGAUGCAGAGCAGCACGGCGGAGCUCAUCACUGGCCUGGUGCAGCUGGUGCCGCUCACCAACACCACCCAGCUGUCCCAGGAAGCCAUGGAGGCUCUGUUAGUUCUGCACCAGCCAGAGACCAUAGAGCUGUGGAAUCCUGAGACCCCCAUAGAGACGUUUUGGGACAUCAGCUCACAGUUGCUCUUCCUCAUCUGCCGCAAACUGAUUGGCCACCAACUGGUCAACGGGACAGAAGUUCUCAAGUGGCUGAGGGAGAUCCUGAUCUGCAGGAACAAGUUUCUGCUCAAGAACAAGGAGUGUGCCACGAUGGGCGGAGGGAUCCCCAUCUGCCGGCAGGCACAGACCAAGCUGGAGGUGUCGCUCUACAUGUUCCUGUGGAGUCCGGACACCGAGGCAGUGCUGGUGGCCAUGUCGUGUUUCCGCCACCUCUGUGAGGAGGCUGACAUCCGCAGCGCCGCCGACGAGGUGCCCGUCCAGAACAUCCUGCCCAACUACCCCACCUUCAGUGAGCUGGCCUCCGUCAGCAACAUGAUGGGGACAGGCCGGUCCACCUUACAGAAGAGAGUGAUGGCCCUGCUGCGGAGGGUAGAGCACCCCACACCAGGAAACAUUGAGGCCUGGGAGGACACGUAUGCUAAAUGGGACCAGGUCACCAAACAGAUUCUCAACUCCCCUAAAAACAAGGCAGAUGAUGGGCAGCAGGAGUGGAUCAACAUGACAGGUUUCCUGUGUGCUCUGGGUGGCGUGUGCCUCCAGCAGCGCAGCACCCCCGGCCCGGCCACCUACAGCCCCCCCAUGGGCCCCAUGAGCGAGCGCAAACACUCCAUGAUCUCGAUGGGCCCCUGCGACGUCUACAACCCCGUGGUCUCCAUCUCCUCCUGCUCCUCGUCGGCCUCCAGCGAGUCGCCCGUCAGCCGCUUCGUGGACCGGCUGCUGGCCCUGCUGGUGUGUGGCCACGACAGGGUGGGCCUCCACGUGCGCACCAAUGUGAAGGACCUGCUGGGGCUGGAGCUCAGCCCCGCCCUCUACCCCAUGCUCUUCAACAAGCUGAGGAACAGCAUCGGGAAGUUCUUCGACACACAGGGGCCGGUUCCUAUCAAUGACACUAACACCCAGUUUGUGGAGCAGACCAUAGCCAUCAUGAAGAACCUGUUGGAUAACCACACGGAGGGCAGCUCUGAACACCUGGGGCAGGCCAGCAUCGAGACCAUGAUGCUCAACCUGGUCAGGUAUGUGCGCAUCCUGGGCAACGUGGUCCAUGCCAUCCAGAUCAAAACCAAACUGUGCCAGCUGGUGGAGGUGAUGAUGGAGAGGAGGGAUGACCUGUCCUUCUGCCAGGAGAUGAAGUUCAGGAACAAGAUGGUGGAGUAUCUGACGGACUGGGUGAUGGGAACAUCCAACCAAGCUGCUGAUGACGACAUCAAGUGUCUGACGAGGGACCUGGACCAGGCCAGUAUGGAGGCAGUCGUGUCUCUGUUGGCGGGUCUUCCUCUUCAGCCAGAGGAGGGAGACGGAGUAGAACUGAUGGAGGCCAAAUCUCAGCUCUUCCUCAAAUACUUCACCCUGUUCAUGAACCUGCUGAACGACUGCAGCGAGGUGGAGGACGAGGGCCAGGCAGUGGGGGGCCGAAAGAGAGGAAUGUCCCGCCGCCUGGCCUCGCUCCGCCACUGCACCGUCCUGGCCAUGUCCAACCUGCUCAACGCUAACGUGGACAGUGGUCUCAUGCACUCCAUCGGUCUGGGCUACCACAAGGACCUGCAGACUCGAGCCACCUUCAUGGAGGUGCUGACCAAGAUCCUGCAGCAGGGCACAGAGUUCGACACGCUGGCGGAGACGGUGCUGGCCGACCGCUUCGAGAGGCUGGUGGAGCUGGUCACCAUGAUGGGAGACCAGGGAGAGCUGCCCAUCGCCAUGGCGCUGGCUAACGUGGUCCCGGGGUCUCAGUGGGACGAGCUGGCCCGCGUGCUGGUGACGCUGUUCGACUCGCGCCACCUCCUCUACCAGCUGCUGUGGAACAUGUUCUCCAAAGAGGUGGAGCUGGCCGACUCCAUGCAGACGCUCUUCAGAGGAAACAGCCUGGCCAGCAAGAUAAUGACCUUCUGUUUCAAGGUCUAUGGGGCAGCAUACCUGCAGAAGCUCCUGGAGCCUUUACUCAGAGGGGUCAUCACCACCCCCGAACACAUCAGCUUUGAGGUGGACCCCACAAGACUGGAACAAGGGGAGAACCUGGAGGAGAACCAAAGGAACCUUCUGCAGAUAACUGAGCGCUUCUUCCAAGCCAUCAUCGGUUCGUCCAGCGAGUUCCCCCCCCAGCUCCGCAGCGUCUGCCACUGUCUCUACCAGGUGGUGAGCCAGCGUUUCCCACAGAACAGCAUUGGAGCGGUGGGCAGCGCCAUGUUCCUGCGCUUCGUCAACCCGGCUAUUGUUUCUCCCUAUGAGGCCGGCAUCUUGGAAAAGAAGCCCCUACCCAGGAUAGAACGGGGUCUCAAACUCAUGUCAAAGAUUCUGCAGAGCAUUGCAAACCAUGUCUUGUUUACGAAAGAAGAACACAUGAGGCCUUUUAAUGACUUUGUUAAGAGCAACUUUGACUCAGCCAGAAGGUUUUUCUUGGACAUAGCCUCUGACUCUCCGCCCAGCGACUCUGUGAACCACAGCCUGUCCUUCAUCAGCGACGGCAAUGUGCUGGCCCUCCACCGCCUGCUGUGGAACAACCAGGAGAGGAUCGGCCAGUAUCUCUCCAGUAACAGGGACCACAAGGCUGUAGGUCGACGACCCUUUGACAAGAUGGCCACCCUGCUGGCCUACCUGGGCCCUCCUGAACACAAACCUGUGGCCGACACCCACUGGUCCAGCCUCAACCUCACCAGCUCCAAGUUCGAGGAGUUCAUGACCAGGCACCAGGUUCAUGAGAAGGAGGAGUUCAAAGCCUUAAAGACCCUCAACAUCUUCUACCAGGCAGGAACCUCCAAGACCGGCAACCCAGUCUUCUACUACGUGGCCCGCAGGUUCAAAACAGGCCAGAUCAAUGGGGACCUGCUCAUCUACCAUGUCCUCCUCACUCUCAAACCCUACUACGCUAAACCCUACGAGAUAGUAGUAGAUUUGACCCAUGUAGGACCCAGCAAUCGUUUCAAGACCGACUUCCUGUCCAAGUGGUUCGUGGUCUUUCCCGGCUUUGCCUAUGAGAAUGUAGCAGCUGUCUAUGUGUACAACUGCAACACCUGGGUGAGGGAGUACACAAAGUACCAUGAGCGGCUACUGACAGGCCUGAAGGGCAGCAAGCGGCUCCAGUUCAUCGACUCUCCAGCUAAACUAGCCGAGCACAUUGAACCAGACCAACAGAAGCUGCCUGCGGCCACGCUGACCCUGGAGGAAGACCUUAAAGUGUUCCAUAAUGCCCUCAAGCUGGCCCAUAAAGACACAAAGGUCUCAAUAAAGGUUGGCUCGACAGCAGUUCAAGUGACCUCAGCCGAGCGGACCCGUGUUCUCGGCCAGCCCGUCUUCCUCAACGACGUCUACUACGCCUCAGAGAUUGAGGAGAUUUGCCUGGUGGACGAGAGCCAGUUCACCCUCACCAUGGCCAACCAGGGCACGCCGCUCACAUUCAUGCACCAGGAAUGCGAUGCCAUCGUCCAGUCCAUCAUCCACAUCAGGACACGAUGGGAGCUGUCACAGCCUGACUCCAUCCCACAGCACACAAAGAUUAGACCAAAAGAUGUUCCUGGUACUCUGCUUAACAUCGCCCUGCUGAACCUUGGCAGUUCAGACCCCAGUCUCAGGUCUGCGGCUUACAAUCUACUGUGUGCUUUGACCUGCACAUUCAACCUAAAGAUAGAGGGCCAGCUGCUGGAGACCUCAGGCCUCUGCAUCCCAGCCAACAACACCCUCUUCAUUGUCUCCAUCAGCAAGACUCUGGCUGCCAAUGAGCCCCAUCUAACGCUGGAGUUUCUGGAGGAGUGCAUCUCGGGCUUCAGCAAGUCAAGUAUUGAGCUGAAGCAUCUCUGCCUGGAGUACAUGACACCCUGGCUGCUCAACCUCGUCCGUUUCUGUAAGCACAACGACGACGCCAAGCGCCAGCGCGUCACCGCCAUUUUGGACAAACUCAUCACCAUGACGAUCAAUGAGAAACAGAUGUAUCCCUCUAUCCAGGCUAAAAUCUGGGGCAGCCUGGGCCAGAUAACCGACCUGCUGGAUGUGGUGUUGGACAGCUUUAUUAAAACAAGUGCCACAGGAGGCCUAGGCUCCAUCAAAGCAGAGGUCAUGGCUGAUACUGCAGUGGCCCUCGCUUCAGGAAAUGUCAAAUUGGUCUCAAGCAAGGUGAUUGGUCGGAUGUGUAAGAUCAUCGACAAGACGUGCCUGUCGCCGACGCCCACUCUGGAGCAACACCUGAUGUGGGACGACAUCGCCAUCCUGGCCCGCUACAUGCUCAUGCUGUCCUUCAACAACUCUCUGGAUGUGGCGGCCCACCUGCCCUACCUGUUCCACGUGGUGACCCUGCUGGUAGCCACAGGGCCGCUCUCUCUGAGGGCCUCCACCCACGGUUUGGUCAUCAACAUCAUCCACUCCCUCUGCACCUGCUCGCAGCUCAACUUCAGCGAGGAGACAAAGCAGGUUUUGAGGCUGAGCCUGACCGAGUUCUCCCUGCCCAAGUUCUACCUGCUGUUCGGCAUCAGCAAAGUGAAGUCCGCCGCCGUCAUUGCCUUCCGCUCCAGCUACAGAGACCGGUCCUUCUCUCCAGGCUCCUAUGAGAGGGAGACGUUCGCCCUGUCCUCCCUGGAGACCGUCACAGAGGCCCUACUGGAGAUCAUGGAGGCUUGUAUGAGGGACAUCCCAGCCUGCAAGUGGUUAGACCAGUGGACAGAGCUUGCACAGAAGUUCGCAUUCCAGUACAACCCCUCCCUCCAGCCCAGGGCGCUGGUGGUGUUCGGCUGCAUCAGUAAGAGGGUGAGCCACGGUCAGAUCAAGCAGAUCAUCCGGAUCCUCAGCAAGGCCAGCCCUUUGCUCAGCAUCGACCGGGGUCUGGAGAGCUGUCUGAAGGGGCCGGACAAUUACAACAGCCAAGUAUUAAUAGAAGCCACAGUCAUCGCUCUGACCAAGCUGCAGCCUCUCCUCAGCAAGGAGUCUCCCAUGCACAAAGCUCUGUUCUGGGUGGCGGUAGCUGUGCUGCAGCUGGAUGAAGUCAACCUGUACUCUGCUGGCACUGCCCUGAUGGAGCAGAACCUCCACACUCUGGACACCAUGCGCAUCUUCAACGACAAGAGUCCAGAGGAAGUGUUCAUGGAGAUCCGGCGUCCUUUAGAAUGGCACUGUAAGCAGAUGGAUCACUUUGUGGGCCUCAACUUCAGUGCAAACUUCAACUUUGCACUGGUGGGCCACCUACUCAAAGGCUACAGACACCCUUCCGCCACCACAGUAGCAAGGACUGUGAGAAUCCUGCACACACUUCUCGCUCUGAUCAGCAAACAUCUGAAAUGUGACAAGUUUGAGGUUAACACUCAGAGUGUGGCCUAUCUGGCUGCCCUGCUCACUGUAUCUGAGGAGGUCCGGAGUCGCUGCAGCCUCAAACACAGGAAGUCCCUCCUGAUUUCUGACCUCUCCAUGGACCCGGUCCCCAUGGAAACAUACACAAGUCACAUCAAUGAUCCCAGCUGCAGAACUCUGCGUGAGACUCAGCCGUGGACGUCCCCCCAGGUCUCAGAGCGCUACCUCUCAGCCCAUCACUACCCUACAGUGGGACAGAUCAGCCCCCGAACUCGCAAGUCCAUGAGCCUGGACAUGGGCCAGCCCUCGCAGGCCAACACAAAGAAGCUCCUGGGCACCAGGAAGAGCUUCGAUCAUCUCAUAUCAGACUCUAAAGCACCAAAGAGACCAGAGAUGGAGUCGGGUAUGACCACCCCUCCCAAGAUGAGGCGUGUAGCAGAGAACGACUACGAGAUAGAGACACAAAGAAUUGCAAACUCUCACCUUCGCAAGGUGUCUGUAUCAGAGUCCAACGUCCUGCUGGAUGAAGAGGUGCUGACCGACCCAAAGAUCCAGGCUCUGCUGCUCACUGUGCUGGCCACCCAGGUCAAAUACACCACUGAUGACUUUGACCAGCGAAUUCUCUACGAGUACUUGGCCGAAGCUAGCGUCGUCUUCCCAAAGAUGUUUCCAGUGGUCCACAACCUGCUGGACUCUAAGAUCAACACAGUGCUGUCCAUGUGCCAGGACACUAACCUCCUGAACCCGGUCCACGGCAUCGUCCAGAGCGUGGUCUACCACGAGGAGUCGCCCCCCCAGUACCAGCCCUCCUACCUACAGAGCUUUGGCUUUAAUGGACUCUGGAGGUUUGCCGGACCCUUCUCUAAGCAAACACAGAUACCGGACUACGCAGAGCUGAUCGUCAAGUUCCUGGAGGCGUUGAUUGACAGCUACCUGCCGGUGGUGGACGAGGAGCGGGGGGAGGAGCAGCUGAGGACGCCCACCUCCCCCUACCCCCCCACCAGCCAGAGCCAGCUCAGCAUCACUGCCAACCUCAACCUGUCCAACUCCAUGACCUCCCUGGCCACCUCGCAGCACUCCCCAGGUGUGGAUAAGGAGAACGUCCAGCUGUCCCCCAGCUCCGCCCUCUCCAGCGGGGGGCGCACUCGCCACGGAUCGGCCAGUCAGGUGCAGAAGCAGCGCAGCGCGGGCAGCUUCAAGAGGCCGAGCAUCAAGAAGAUCGUGUGAUCGGAGAACCCUCCUCCUCCUCCUCCUCCUCCUCCUCCUCCUCCUCCAGCCCGCCGGGGGCUCACGCUGCACUCCAUCUCUUACUCUGUUUAUUUCCUCCUCCUUCUUAACGGUUGUUUCCCCUGGCGUGAGAACUUUUCAGUUGGGCAUCGAGGAGGAAUAUUAACACAUUUAGUGCUGCUUGAGAUUUAUUUCAUUUGUGACAGCGCACGGUGGAGGAGAAUCUUUUCGUUGGAGUAGUUCCUGUCCUCUGCAGUGGAUGUUGUCUUCACAGAUAUUCAGCAGCAGGUUAGAGUCGGGUCGAGUUCACUCUGGUGAAACUAUUGGGGGCAAAAUGCCCCUGAGCCUGAUGGGAAAGCAGGUUCAGUUUGGACAGGGAGGAAACAGGAAGUGAAACUCUGUCUCUAUGCUAAAGUUGGAUCCGUCCUUUGGCCUUCCUUUUGACUAAACACUCCUGUGUCAGUGAGAGGGACCAAAUGACAGCAACAGUGGAGGGGGGGGGGCCUGCUCGGACACCUGGGCCCACCUCUCCCAGUCCUGUACAUAUUUUACAUAGACAGAUUAUGUAUAACUAGUCCUUAGUGCUGAUUUAGAUGUUGAUGUUUUUCUCCAUGGUGUGCCUUUGUCAGGGUUUUUCAAUGUGUACAAUUUGUAAAGUGAAAGACAAAGAACAGGUACUAAUUAUGGAGGCGAGCCGUCCAUAUCACCACGCGAGCCGCAUCACGACGGGCCUCCAAACGAUCGUCUAAUAUACAAUCAUCCAUAUACCCUGUUGCCUGAAAGUAUUUAUCCUGUACAGCUAGAUAGCGCUACACUUUCCAAAAAUCUUCUUUUCAAACACUUAUGAACGAGAAGAUCGCAAAACACUAGGGGGAAAUGUACGUGUGUAAAUAGCUCCGAGCUUUUUUUGUUUGUUUUCGUGCGCGUCUCUUUUUAUGUAGCUGUUUAAUGUCAGUUAUUUUAGUACGAACUGUGUUUUCAGCAGCAUUGCGUUUUUAAUUUGUUUACACAGUGACAAGGAACAUUGUGUAAUAGGCAAUAAUCCUCAACUCUGAAUCUCCUUUGUCAACCACACACUUUGUUUUAUUUGUACAUCAGUGUCAGCGCGGUGCAAUAUGAACUCCUAAUCUGCCCGGUAACACGGAAAGUGAGCUACUGUUGGUUACCUCCUAUGACUAUUUGAAUAGAAAAGAGGCAGUGGACACAGUGACGUUUGAUCUCAUUACACACACACACACACACACACACACACACACACACACACACACACACACACACACACACACACAGACACAGACACAUACACACAACACACAACACCGACACACUCCUGUGGGCUCUUCGAAGGAAACAUGUAGCCUACGAGGUGUUGACACAGUUUGUCAGGACUACGUAUUAUCGGAAUUGUCAAACUUUAUUUUUUUUUAAAUCACAUUGUGUUCUAUGAUGUAUUAUUAUUUAACAACUUAAGCCAAUUCAACCCCUUCCUGUUCCUGUCAAAACAGCAUGGAGAGUGUGAGGAAAAAGCUAAUAAGUCACCCUUGUUUUUACAAACUGUUCUUUCCGGUAACACUAAAAAUGAAUAAACUCAUGACUCUUAAAUAUGUCAGGCUUACAUAAACUGACCUGAAAAUAUACGAUCAAAUAAUAUAAAAACAUUUGGUGGUACGUCAUUUUUCACUUCCUGCUAGAGCUAAAAGCUGCACACUCUGAAAGAAGAGGAAGAUUUCUAUAAUCGUUACAAUGUACUGGAAUAAUGGGAAAGAUGUAAACGGUGACAGAAACGCUGACUCCAGAGCUCCUGCUCCACCCUGCUCCACCCUGCUCCACCCUACAGGAGGCACAGAUCCAUUGAUGAAGUUCCUCAAUUGAGGUUUUUCCUUUAAAGAGCUUCAGUAAUAAUAACGCAGGUUGCCAAUGCCUCAGAUGUUCUGUCCCACAUGCCUGUUCUGCACAUUUCUGGGUGCAUUUGAAGAAUGCUGUCCCAAGAAAGAUAUAGUUUCCACACAUAAACUGUCAAAUCAGCACGGUGUAGUGUUUUAGAUAGUGUAUAGAUUUCCGUGAUGAUUCUCAAAACUACUUUCAGAGAGUUUAAACUUGCUAGACGUAGCUAAUCCACCUCGGAGAACUCCAUCCUUUUAGUUUAUAAUCGCUAAUGGUAACACAGUCCAAACUGACAAAACAUAGGCUUGUGAACCCAGCGCCUACAUCGGCCAUCUUUAAAGCUAUGUCCGUCUUUCAGCUGAUAAAUGGUGGUCCACACUACAUAUGUUAAUCCCUAAGGGUUCAACCUCGUUACCAUGCCACAAUAAUGCCCUUAGCCAACAGCAGUCAUGGUGUUUGGUAAUGGGAGCCAGUGGCACAACAUGGAAAAAGUCACAUGGUUUUUAGGGUUAGGGUGAGCAAUUUAGAAAGGGACUGUAGAUCAGUGCUCCACCCACAGCCUCCACCCACAGCUCAGCAGGGCUCCUCUGUCCCGCCCUAACAUCUAUGCAUGGCAACAGUUGAGUAUUGUUGAAAAAGUCUGACUUUAUUCUGUCGCACAUUGUUUCUCACCAUUCUCAGUGUUCAUGGUACUUAAUGGAAACACUCGUCGAUCAGUUCACUACUGAUUUGUUUUUCUUGUAUUGUAGUCGUCGGGAUGUUAUUUUCUCCUGUCCAUUCAGUAAACACAUAAUCAUUAGAUAAAUUCCACGGAAAGGGACAUUUUGAUUAGAGACAGCCUUAGCACAGUCAUUCAAUCUCAAAGAAUGACAUAAAGGGAAGACUACAAGUAACAACCCAUAAUUCAUUCAUCCAGGUUCCAGUUUAUCAGAUAAAUUGGUCCAACGUCUUUUAAACAACCAAUCAUCAACUAGCACCUGGUUUAAAGCAUACUGACGCUUAAAAAGGCCCCAAAAAAUGACACAUCAACAUUUUAUUUGUAUGAAAGGUUUUCCAAACUGUUUUUAACUUUGAUUGCAAAAGAGCUGGACUAUGCUGACUGGCCAAAGUUUUAUUUAAUUCAACAUUAGCCCUCCUCCUCGUGUAAAUAGGCCUAACCCUAGUCAGGAAUCAAGCAUGAAGUUUUAUCACCUUUACGUUGUUAAUGUUUUCUGACGCAAGAUGUUUGGAGCAGUGAUGAACUCACACAAAGAGACGAUAAAGGUCCAGUUUGGGUCAGGAUUAGUAUCUAAACUUCAGGGUUAGAAACAAAAUUCACAAUUAGGAAAACAAUUUGGGAUUAGCAAUUCAAAUUCAGGAUUAGGAUCCAGAUUCAGGAUUAGGAUCUAGAUUAGGAUCUAAAGUCCAACUCGCAGGAAUUGUGAUGGUUCAUUUUUGUUCAGAUUUCAGUGUCAGAUUCCAUAGAACUGUCUCAUCGUUAAGCUCAAUCCAUCGUCUCUUCUCACCGUCUAACUGUUCUUAAAGCUACACUCACUGAUUUCCCUCUGAAACAAACCUUGAAUUACAGAUCAGUGACUGUACCUUUAACAAGACAACCAGGAAAAAUCUGUUGGCUGGUUUAUUUGAGCGCCGUGUUCGCAGAUUCCAUCGUUUCCGGGUUCUAGUUUGACUUGUGUGUGAAUGGAAAUAUUAAGGAUUAUGUAUCCAUAACCUCUUAAACAAGUGGUUGACUUGCACUAAUUUAAAAACAGUCAUGGGUUUGUAAAGAUGAAAAACCUCAAAAUGUGGCAUGUUUUAUUUGAUGUUAUGCAAAAUCUAAUGUCUGUAGAGUAAUAGUCUGAGUUUUGUUUUAUUGCAGUAUGUGUGAUAAUUGUAAAUACAAUUUGAGAUGGUAUAUUUACUACACUGUACAUACAUGUGAUAUUGUAUCAUUUUGUUUUUGUAAAGCAGUUAGUUUCUGUAUAAUAAUAUACAAAUUGAACUAUUCCAGUGUUAGUAAUAAAAUGUUUUGCUCUCCAAAA